AUGAUAAUAGAGUAUGGGCCUCCAAGAGGAUACAGUACAAGAUCUGUAGAGAGAGUUAUCGGAGAAUACUCUAAAGCAAUAAAGAGUAAGUUGGCAAUAGGAACCAAUGCUGGCAAUAUAAUCCUUGGCUUGGCAUGGACGAGGCAAAUUGGAAGCUUGGCAAAACAAAACACAGAACAGCCAAAGUCCUGGGUGCUCUCUGAUGAUGACUCCUUGGCUGGUUGGCCAUUGACAGAGGGAGGCGAGCGUGUUGGUGCCAAAUCAGACAUUGAGUUCUGGGGGCCUUUGAGAUGUAGAUUGAUUGAUGAAAGUUUCGAAGGCAUCUCUUGCCUUCCAAUUCUGAUUCAAGCUUUCUACAAAUCGAAGGGGGUUGAAUGUAGCAGAAUUGAACCUGUCAUGACAACAAGCUGCAAGGCUUUUGUUAAUGGCUGUGUGAUUGCCUCUUCAUUUGCCCAAACCCUGUUAAGAGAGGCCCAUCACGUUUGUCUACAGGUCCAGAUUGACCUGUUUUGUAAUGUUUAUUCUGUUGAAGAAUACAAUGGUGUGCUAGUGGCAAAAAAUGGACAAAUGAAGCCAAAGGUAGUCCACCUAGCAGAUGUCAAGGAGUUGGAUGGCCUGGUAGUUUCAGAUGCAACAAGCAGCACAACAACAACAACAACAAAAUAUAUUGUCUGGCCGGAGCUAAACCAUGAGCAAAAACUAAAUCUUGGGGAACACCUCAUAAACGGCCAUACAGACAAUUCACCCACUAUCACAACACCCACACCCGGACUCCCUCUCACCUACUUGACUGCCCUAACAAACACCGCACCGACAUUCUGCCAUGCCAUCGUACUUGGUACUAGCCAGUUCUCCGUUUACUACACUACUCCCCCGGAAACCUCUCCCAAAUUCAUUGUUUUCUUUGAUGCUCUGCUCCAGUCCUUUUUGCCUGGCGAAAUCUUUGGCCUGAACCCUUCCAAUAAAGCUGGUACCCUCUUUGAGCUCCACUUGAGCUCCAAAGAUGUUUGUGCUCAUGCUUGUCGUGUAGGCUUUUGGUACAACAACGAAACUGUUCUUGCCUCCCCUGCCAUUGCUAGCUCAUCCAAAUUGUUUAAGCUGACUUUGUCAAAGCUCCCACAAUUCCCUCCUCAAGAGUACGCUACCUUGGAUACCAAACUUCAUAAUGCUCUCAUGAAAUAUGGCUAUGUGCACGAUAUCUCCAUUAACACGUUUGGGUUUAUGGAUGGAAGUGGACACGCAUAUGUGAAGCGUCCUCUAUAUGAGGAAGAAACUCGCUCGUGCUAUGGCUGCCAUCAGGUCGGCCAUCUUCGCUCUAAAUGCCCUCGUGCUGCCGAAGUGGACAACUCAUACAAACGGGAUUGCAAGGUUCCUGAACCGCAUGGCCCCCAUCGCACCACUGCCACCUGCAACACCACCAACCGACCCACUGUCACUCACUCUGGCUCACAUAUGAAGAAGACCCUCCCCCCCUCCUUCACCACAGCCAACCCUUAUGCCCUACUUGACCCUUCCCUCUCUUCUGCCGGGUCUCAACACAACCCCGCCAACACCACCAAAGCUGUACCCACCGAUUCACGCACCAAGUCACCAAAAACACCUCCACUCCCUUUUGAGGCGAACUUAGUUGAUAGGGAAACACUCCCUGCUGAUGAUCCCACGCUCACCAAUUGUUGUGGUGGUUGA